AUGGUGAUGAUGUUCGGAAGUAUGAAGGAAGAGGCAAUCCCCGCUAUUCUCCCUCAACCAAGCCACACAACAACAGAAUCAUCAGAUGCAGAUCUGGAUGAGUUAGCAGGAGUAAAUGCAGAUAUUCCAAUUGCAUCAGAAGAUGUUGUAGCUAAACCUCUAGCCAUUAUGGAGGAAACUGAAGCAGAUUUGCAAGAGCAGCAAGCAGAAACUCAACAAUUGCAGUCAUUUGAACCUGUUAACAAUACAGAAGCUCCCACUCUUAGGAAAUCCACCAGAGGCUCAAAACCAGUAAUUUUGCUCAAAGACUAUGUUACUGGCUUGAAGCCAACAGGACACAUUUCCUAUCCAAUCUCCAGUUAUGUCAACUACACACAUUUGCCAGAACACUACCAAGCAUAUCUCACCAGUUUCUCUGCCCUCACAGAACCAAAGACUUUCUAUGAAGCAUCUACAGAUGACAGAUGGAUUAAAGCCAUGCAAGAAGAAAUUCAGGCACUUGAAGCCAAUAAAACUUGGGAGAUAGUAGAGUUGCCACCAGGAAAGAAAGCAAUUGGCUCAAAGUGGGUGUACAAAAUUAAAUACAAGGCAAAUAGUGAGGUUGAUAGGUUCAAGGCACGCUUAGUGGCUAAGGGCUAUACACAACAGGAAGGUCUUGACUACCAUGAGACUUUUCCCCUGUUGCAAAAAUGGUCCAGUGAGGACUGUGAUUAG